AUGCGCAAUAGUAUAAUUACUCAACUUGAAUUCAAAGAUGGAAUCUACCAAGGACAAACAUUGCAAUCCAGAUAUAAACAAGGGAUCGGAGUUUAUUUAUGGGAGAAUGGAUCUGCCUAUUUUGGUGAAUGGAAAUCAGAUUAAAUAGAUGGCAAUGGAAUACUCUUCCUGCCUCCCAAAACAACCAUCUAAGGAUAAUUUAACACAGCUAAAUUACAUGGAAAUUGUCUCAUUUAAACAAGACAAGCAAAAUAUUAUGGUAAAUGGCUCAACGGUUUACCCAAUGGAAACAUGACUGCCCAUUUCAAGUAAGGAGAAGUUACAAUCGCAUUUUAAGAUGGCAAACCAACUCGAGGUCUUAGUUAAAGAGAAUAAUCAUGCGAAAUUCCAAACUUAAAGAGUGUUUAAUGUUACAAUAGCACUGCUUUAUAAACAAUUGAUUGGUUAGAUGGAACAUUCUAUGGUGUAACAGGAAAGAACGCAGCAAAUAAGGUUGCACCUAAUGGAUUAGGCGUAUUUGUUCCUAAAAAUGGAUUAUUUCAAUGCGGACAAUUUAAAGAUGGAAUCUUGAAUGGUCUAGGCAGAUUACAGCAACCAACAGGAGAAGUUUAUUAAGGUUACUUUGAAAACGGUAAGUAACAUGGAAGAGGCAUUUAUUUAUUUAAGGAAGAUGAAUUAUAAUGGGCUAAAGGAAUGUGGAGAUUUGGAGAAUUGAUUGAAAUCUUUCAAAGUGGAUUAGUUAAAAAUUGCACUUCACCCAAAGAUUUAAUGUUUCCCUAUAGCGAUCAUAAAAAUCCAAUCUAAAUCAGACAACCUAUUACCCUUAACAAUAUUAAGGAGAUUGAAGACUUGUUUGAAAUCCAAUUUUAAAGAUAGGAACCCAUCUAAAGAUAGACUAGUGCUUCUCCUAGUCCUGAAAGAAAGAGUAAGCUAUCAAAUUAUAAGUAUUUUCAAAACUCUAUGACAAAUUCGUAUUAGAGAAUAUCAGAUGCCUUACAUGGUAGUUAAUAACACUCCUCUCCUGGAAGAAACAGCAUCUAAUUAAUAAAGUAUUAUAAAGGAUAAUUGAGAGAUAUUGAUUAAAAUGAACAAUCUUAACCAAAAAGGUCUAUUUAAUCUUAGAAGAAUUCAAGAAAGUCUAAUUAGAAGAAUUCAAGAAAGUCUCAUUCUAAUUCAAAGUAAUAUCUAAUUUAAAGUACAAAGAAGAAGGAUUCCAUCAAUAAUAAAUCAUCAAGCAAUUUAAACUAAUCAGCAUAUGUGGAAGAAAUAAAAAAGCUUUAAACUCAAUUUACAAAGCCUUUUGAUCACACAAAAAGUGUCUAGUCUUAAUAAAGUCAGGUGAUAUUUGAUUGCGAAGAUCAUUCAAGUUAGAGGAGUGAGUUGUUUUAAGAAAAGUAGUAGUCAUCACCAAAGGACCACAUAGACUAGAUUAUUUAAAAAUCCAAAUAAUACCAAAAAGAACAAUCUAUGGAGUAAUCUAAAAAGUCAAUGCUGGAUUAAUCAAGAUCAUCCUAUCAAUCAAAACAAAUCAAAACUCCUGAACAAAUAUAACAAUCCAAAUCAUCCUAACAAUCUAGGUGUAAAUCAUCUGAAGGUCUCAAAAAGUUCUAAUAGUAACACGAAAUUGAGGAUUAAAAUAAAUUAAAAAGUGAAGGAAAUAAACACCAAAAAUUGGAUAGUAAAAAAACAGAAUAGCACCCUUUGGAUUCAUCUUAAUAAUCAUAAUAAUUAUGGGAAUCUAGAUAAAUUAAAGAAUUCUCAUAACAGCGAGAUUCAAAACGAUCUUAUCAGUCUUCAUAGCCGGUAUCAUAAAGAAUUUCUAUCAAAUCCAUAAAUUAAGUAGCUUCUAAACAAAUAACUCCCUAAUAAUCUCAUAGAGAUCAUUAGGAAUAAAGUAAAUUCCAACAAUUAGAAGAAUCAUCAUAAUAGUCAUAACAAUUUAAUUAAUCAUAAUAAUCACAUCCAUCUUAAUAGUAGAAAUAAAAGUAAUAAUAAUAGUAAUAGUAAUAAUAAUAAUAAUAAUAAUAAUAAUAAUAAUAAUAAGACAUUGAUCACAACAAAAAAUUGAGUUUCUGUUAAUAAGACUUUGCCUUAGAUAUGAGAAAUACAGCUAUCUUUAAUUAGGUUGAAUCAAAUCAAUCAAGUCAAAUCAAAUUUCAUAGACAUAAAAGAAGCUAAUCUCAAACUGAUUUUGAUAAAUUUGACAUUGGGGAUGAUACUCAAAUGAAGUUGAUUAAACAACAACAAUUAUAUAUGUAAUAGAUGAUAGAGCUAUAAUAACGAGAAUUAGAAUAACUUAAAAUGCAACAAUAAUAAUUAGAGGAAGAGAAUCAAAUAUCAUAAAGUAGACCAGGAUAUAAAACUAAUGCCUCCAUAGAUUCAUAAGAAAGUUAUCCUCAAUAAUAGUCAGAAAGCUGUCAUUAAGAUUUUAUUAAAACAGUAAGUGAUGUAUUGAAAAGUGAAUUGAAAAAAAAGUAGGAGGAUUCAUUUAACAGAGAUAAUUAAAAUAAUUCUCCUCACUUUGAAUAAUCAUAAAUAACAAAUAACCAAUAGUCUAUGUUCUUUAAUGAUAUUUAGAGUUUAGAUAAUGUGAAUGUAAAUGAUAGAUUGAAUAACAGAAGAUCAAGUCAAUAACAAGAUGAGGCAAAUAAAUCAAGAGCUGACUCAAUUAUUAAAAAAUAACCUGUUUCUCAUAGUGAAUUAGAUAACUUGCAAAUUGAUAAAAUGUAAGACGCUUAGUCAAGAUAAUCUAGAUAAUCAAGACAAUCAAGAUAUUCUGGAGAAAAUAAAUAACAAAGGUCGCAAUCACACCAAUCCAGCUAACGAAAUUAUUCAAAUCAAUAGCAUUCAUUCUAUUAACAAAAAUCUUAAGAAUAAUUUUAUCCAUAAAAACAACCAUCAGUCAUUUAAGAAAAAGAAUAGCCAUAAAAUCUUUAAUAAUAAGUUAAGGGUGAGUUCAUUAAUAUCUAAAAUAAGUCGGAUCAACUAUCAAACAAGGAUAACUACUAAGACUAGUCAUUUAGUUCACAAUAGAUGUCUAUUAUUUCUAAUCAGUUCCAACAUCAAUAAAAUAGUUUUAAUAAAUAAACACCAUAGGAGUCUAUUUUGUCAAAAUAAAUACCAAAUUAAAAGGACAACAAUGUUCUAAAAUAGAAUUAACAAAAUACUCAAUAAAAAAGAAAAUAACAGAAUUAAAGUAAAAAUGAAGAAUCAAUAGAUUAAUUGAUGAAAAAAUAAACUCAACAAUAAUUUUCAAAAGCCGAAUUAAAGUUUGUGGCUUGUCCCUCUUAGCAUUCUCUGCCUGGCUAAGUCAGCUUCUCUGAUAAAUAAUUACAAAUUAAACCAGAUUAAAUGAGCGAAAAUAUUCAAGUAACCAUUUUAGAUGACUAAUCAGAUACAAAACAAAAUAUCCAAGAAAUUAAGUUACAAUUAGCAGCCCAAAAGGAGAUUCUUUCCUAAUUGUAUCAUUCUAUUUAAGAAUCUAAGUAGAUGAAAGUUUCUUAGUUUGACUCUGAUAAGAGAAUAAGUGAAUAAAGAACUGUAAAACGAGGAAUGGUGAGUGCAGUUGUUGAUCCCUGCAGUAGCCCUAUUAAGAAGGUAAUAAUUACAAAAGGAGUAUAUCCUGCUUUUACUAUUAUAAAAUCCUUAUCCCCGAUAAGACUUUGA